AUGACGAACUUCCAGAUCCAGAUAAUCUCAGACACCGUCUGUCCCUGGUGCUACGUCGGCUACCGCCGCCUCUCACGAGCGAUAACCACUCACCAAGCCACGUACCCAGCAGACACAUUCAGCCUACACUGGAAAGCAUUCUACCUCAACCCAGCAUCAGCCGAGUAUCCCGGCGUAAACAAAGCCGAGAUGUACACCCGGAAAUUCGGGGCUGAGCGCGUGAGUGCGAUCUUCGCGCGCCUAUCUGCUGUGGGCAAGGAUGAGGGGAUCCAGUUUAGUUUUGGCGGGAAUACUGGUCUCACGCGGGACUCGCAUCGCUUGCUUUGGUUUGCUGGGCAGCGGGAGGCUGAAGAUGCGGCUAGGAAGGAGGGUGUGGAAGGUGGUGAUGGUGGUGCUGUUGGUGGGUUGCAGACGAGGGUUGCGGAGCAGCUGUUUCGGGCUUAUUUUGAGGAGGAGAAGAAUAUCACGGAUUUGAAGGUCCUUGUGGAGGCGGGUGUUGGAGCGGGAUUGGAUCGGGAGAGUGUCAAGAAGAUGUUAGAUGAGGAUGUUGGUGCUCAGGAGGUUGAUUUGGAGGCCAAGGCGGCGGCCAACAGGUUGGUUUCUGGUGUGCCGUAUAUCUCAGUGCAAGGGAGAUAUCAUGUCGAAGGGGCUGAUGAACCAGAGGCCUUCAUGGAGAUCUUCGAGAAGGUGAAGGCCGAGCAGAAGGAAUAA